UUAUAAAAUAAUUAUUAGGAUGUCUCUUUUUGCUUAGAUAGAGAAGAAUGCAUAAUUUUAGGCUGAGCUGUAAAGAUAUGAGGAGUAGGCUGACUUUUUGUUUCGAAAGUAGAGAAUGGAGAGAAUUGAGUCAUUUACAGAUUAAUUUGAAUUUUUAGCAAAUGAAUAUCCAUGUGCUGUUUAUUAUUAAGUAGAAUGAUGAAUAUAUAUAAAAUAGGGACUUAUUUAUAAUUCAGUAUAUGCUGCAUAUUAAUCUGCUAGAACAUAGGAUGAGGAGAUGAGAUAGAAAUUUGUUAGUGUAAAUAUAAAUAAUUGAUUAGAAUAGGCAUAAUCUGUAUAAGAAGUAUAUUAGAUUGCUCAACAUAUAGAUGAUCCACCUCAUUGGACAAAAUAAAGAUUACGAAUAAUGGAAGUAUUAUUAAGAGACAAGUUUAGAAGGAAUGCAGAUAUCAGAGAUUCAUUAAGAGCCACAAAUAACUAUUAAUUAAUUCAUACAUUUACUCAUUUAACUCCUAGUAAUUAAUAUUGGGGAGUGGUAGAUGGAAAAGGAUAGAAUUAAAUUGGAAGAUUGCUUGAACAAAUUAGAACUGAUAUUAAUAAUUAUGAAGAUUAAGACAAAUGGUUAUUGAUGACAUUUCCAAUAGAAUAAGAAUCGAAAAUGAUUCCUAAAGUAGAAUUGAAAGUUUUGAAAGGUAAAAUAUAAAUUAAUUAUUAUUAAGAGGGUGAGAACUUACCAAAAAUAGAGAUGAAACAUUCAGCAUUUUUAUAUUUUGGAUCUCAUUAACGAAAUCAUGUUCAUUUAGCUCAUCCUUCUAUAUCUAGAAGACAUGCUGCUAUAUUUGUGAACAAUUAAUCACAAGUUUGUUUAGUUGAUUUAGGUUCAAAAGGAGGUACUUUUCAUAAUGAUUAAUUUGUUGAACCUCAUUUACCAGUUGUAAUAGCUAAUGAGGAUAAAAUCAAAUUUGCAAAGAGUACCAGAAUAUAUUAAGUUUUAAUAUCUUAUGAUGAUUGUAAAAAGUGGUUGAAGGAUAAAAUAGAAAAGUUACGAAAUGACUUAAGAUAGUUAGAACGAAUUAAUAAAGGCAAAAUGACUUAAGAAGAAUUAAAGGCAACACUUUCAGGAGCAGUGGAAGAUACGAUUCUCAUCAAGAAUUUACCAGAAAAAGCUAGUCAUUUAGAAUUAAUGGAAUUAUUUAGAAAAGAGGGCAAAAUUAAAGAAUUAAAAAUACCUAUAGACCGUUAAACAGGUAAUACCAGAAAUGUAGCAUUUGUUAGAUAUGAGAAUGAGAGAGAUGCUAAAAGAUUAAUCAAUGAUCGAAAUAAAAUAUUUGAGUAUAAAAAUGAAAAACUUAAAUUAAAAUUAGUGGAUUAUGCUUAUGUUGAAAAAUUCUAGGAAGAAUUAAGAUGGGGAAUUACAGAACAACCAUCUCAGCAAUAAUAAUUACAAUAAUAAUAAUAAUAAUAAUAAUAAUAAUAAUAAUAAUAAUAAUAAUAAUAAUAAUAAUAAUAAUAAUAAUAAUAAUAAUAAUAAGUUUAAUAACAACCAUAAUUGAUUUAACAAACUUUUACAAAAUAAGGAGAAAUCAAAUAAAAAUUACCUGAAAGCAGUAGUUCUUCUGAUUCAGAUAGUGAUUCAUCUUCUGAUUCCUCCUCAGAUUCAAGUAGAAGUAGAUCGAAAAGAAAGAAACACAAAAAACAUAGACAUAAAAAAGAUAAACAUCAUAAGAAACACCAUAAAAGAUGA